CAGCAGCAGCAGCAGCAGCAGUAUCAUGAUGGCCUCCAACACUGCCACUAUGGGGAACCUCCCCAGCGGGAUUGGAAUAUGUACCACCAUCCCCGACAUCCUCUACCUGCCUGAACUGAUCUUCGGUGGUCUGGUGUGGAUCCUGGUGGCGUGCACGCUGGUGGUGCCGGCGAACCCUCAGGGCUGGGUCAUGUUCGUCUCCGUCUUCUGCUUCACCAUGACUUUUAUCUGGGUGGUGGUGUUCGCCUGCGGGGUGCAUCACAACAGAGGCACCUGGGCUACAGUAGACGUUGCGUACCACGGCAUCGCAGCCUUCUUCUACCUCAGUGCUUCAGUGGCUUUGGCCAAAGUGACCCUGGAAAUGAAGAAUGAGAUCGACUCCCGAAACUACAAGCUGGACAUCUCAGCAGUGGUCUUCUCGUACGUGGCGACCUUCCUCUACUUCAUCCACACCAUCCUGUCUGCCAUCCGAUGGAAAUCUUUCUAGAGGUCUCUGAACCAAAAACAGAACAGAUUUAUAUCCUUGUACAUAAAGCUGCGGCAUGCUGAUGUGAAGGGAGGGCUGACGGUGAUGGAGACUGACUGCUGAGGUUUUUAGUUUUUCCCUCUGCUGAGAGAGGAAUCUGUGAAGCAACAUCUGGAUCACCACAGCGUCUCUCAGCGUCCGGCUGUCUGAAACAGGAGGGGGUUUCAGGGAUUUAAAGUGAUGAAGUCUCGGUUUGUGUCACAGAGCUGCUUCAUCCGCUCUGUCAACAGAUUCACAGAAACUCAUCGGCAUGCAGUCCAGAUGCUGCAGAGUCUGUUAGCAGGUUCAACUACAGCCUCACAAACUACCAACAAGUUGAAUCAACAGUCACAACUCUGCUUCUCUGAGCAUCCUCACUGGUAUCCUUGUUAUGUUUUUCCUUUAGUAAAAUAGUUUAGUUUGUUAUUCCUGUUUUGCUCUCAGCUGAUUAAAAAGAUUCUGAUGAGGCUGAUUUUAUAUUUUUAUAGGUUUCUUAACAAGAACAUGUAAUUAUAAAGGUCGAAACAGGACAUUUUGUAAAGUAAGUCUUUAUAACGCACUGCUUCGGUUUUGUAAACAC